GCACAGACCAUGAUUCCCCACUUCCACAUUGUGGUCAUCCCUUCGCUUCUUCUGGUGGGAUUAAGUUUUACUCUCUUUUUUAUGCAUAAUCAACUCACAUCAGGCAACUUCAGAGUCAGCAAAUCUUAAAACCAAAAAACAAAAAUCGAAGGUGAGAAAUCCCGAAAUGGCAAAAGAGAGAAAAACUCAAAACACCAUUAUUCAAUCCAUCGCCGCCCGCCCGUUCAUAAUUUAGUAACUUACAGAGUGGACUGUUGUUUUUCCUCCUUCGCCAAAAAUAGACCAAACGGACAGCUAGGAUUUAGUGAGUUAAUCCCCAGUAUUAUUAUUUACCAAUCAAAACUCAAGACGGAUCUAUAUCCAAGCCUCCUUCCUCUGUCUCUGUUGAUUCUUCUCCUCUCUACAAAAACCGUUCUCAUUUCAACACGCCACUCUCUACCAAACAUAAACUCCCUCUUCUUCUCUGUGAAAUCUCAUAACGCCUCUUUCUACGCCCGCUUUGUUUUACUGAAAAUAAAUUUAAACAAACAUAUACCGAUUAUAUGAAGUUUUACUCAUAAACCCUAGUUUUCAGUUUAGGGUUUUUGAAGCGCUCAAGCUCUCAUUGGAUCUGCGGCCGCUAUAGGAUUUAAAGGGUUUUCUUUUGGAUCCUUUUUUAACCGCAUGCUAGUUUUUGUUUUCAACUGACUAAUAAUGGCUACUUCAUAUCCAGGACCUAUGCAGGUUGGCUCUUACUUUGUGGGGCAGUACUAUCAGGUGCUUCAGCAACAACCUGAUCUGGUUCACCACUUCUAUUCCGAUUCCAGCACCAUGAUUCGAAUUGAUGGAGAUUCCACCGACUCUGCUUCUGCAAUGCUGCAAAUUCAUACACUUGUGAAGUCACUUAAUUUUACUUCAAUUGAGAUCAAGACAAUCAAUUCACUUGGUUCUUGGAAUGGUGGAGUUAUGGUAAUGGUUACAGGUUCUGUCAAAACCAAAGAUUUCAGCAGCAGAAGGAGAUUUGUGCAGACGUUUUUCCUUGCUCCUCAGGAGAAAGGAUACUUUGUUCUCAAUGAUAUCUUUCAGUUCAUUGAUGAGGAAACAAUUUACCAACAUCCAGCUCUUGCUCUGUCAGAAAGCCAAUUUGAUGCUGAAGUUGAUGCUUCUAGCCCUCUCCCUGAACAUUCAGUUUCCAAUUACGAUUUGGAAGAAGAGGCUAGGGAAUAUGUGAAUUUGGUUCAUAUAGAAGAUGUGCCAGUUGACCAGUACAAUCUCCCAGAGCCUCACCAGCAAGAAAACCCUGAAGCUGAAAUUUUUGUGGAGGAAACUCCUGUGGAAGAAACACCUGAUUUCUAUCAAGCUGAUUUGAAUAAUGUGCCAGCCCCUCCAGUUCCUGCUGAUGACGAAUCUGUGAGCAAGCCUGCAAAGAAAACCUACGCUUCCAUAUUGCAGGUAGCUAAGAGCCAGUACGCAUCAUCUGUCACUAAACAACCAUCCUUUAACAGGAGUGCCUCACCUACAUCGGACUGGAAUCACACAGCACAGACUGUAUCCCAGCAAUCAAAUCAUGCAUCAUCUUAUGCCCCUGAAUAUGGAGCUUUGCCGUAUGUUCCUGAAUCUGGAUUUGAGGCAGCAGAUGAAAGCUUUUCCCUAGAAGAAGGUGAAGUAAAAUCUGUAUACGUGAGGAACUUGCCUUCUACUAUUACUGCAUUUGAAAUUGAGCAGGAAUUUAAGAACUUUGGCAGAAUCAAGCCCGAUGGUGUGUUUGUUAGAAACCGUAAGGAUGUUGUUGGCGUCUGCUAUGCAUUUGUUGAGUUUGAAGACAUUUCUAGUGUUCAAAAUGCAAUCCAGGCAUCUCCUAUACAGUUAGCAGGAAGGCAAAUCUAUAUUGAGGCGCGAAGACCAAACAGCAGCAGUACUUCACGAGGAGGAAGAAGAGGAAGAGGCAGAAGCAAUUACCAAACAGAGACCACAAGGGGUGGACGUUUUGGUGGCCGUGGUUUGGGCUGGGGAAGUACCCAAGAUGCUGGUGACUACAGCAGAUUGAGAGGCAAUGGAUUCUAAUUUUCUAUUAGCAAGGUUCGAAAUUAAAACAUGGAUGCUAGUAAACCAAUUAUCAAUAGCAAAAAUCGUUAAACGUGUUCCUCAUAGGUUUUUCGUUCUGAGGGUGGCUGAGGUUUACUGGUUUGUGGUAUUGCUUUUUCUUUGGUUAAGGAGAAAUACAUUUGUAACUUUAUGGGGUGUUCCAUUUUGUGAUGCAACUGUGGAGGGAACUUCUAUUCUUCUGUUACAGAAUAUGUUUAUUUUCCCCUUGAAUGGUUUUUGCAUCCAUAUUCAAGUGGGAUAAUUUUGGGA